CUUAUUAUAUAUAUAUUAAAUGAUCUCAAAUAUAUUUCUGUACUAUUUGGAAGUAGCAGGUUGGAAGUGAUGAACUUAAAACAUGAUCAUUACCUGCGACUUUCAUAAAAAUUGUUAUAAUUUUCUAUACUUCAACUACGAAGUGUAAAAACUCGAACAUGGCGUCGAGACGAGGGGCAGUUACGGGGACCACUGGUCGCCCUUUCAGCUCAAAUCGGUCUUCUGGAUUAAACAGAGUCGGUUGCUAUGAAAUCGAACGAACAAUUGGGAAAGGAAAUUUUGCCGUUGUCAAACUUGCUAUGCAUGUUGUUACAAGGACUAAAGUUGCCAUAAAAAUUGUGGACAAGACACAGCUGGACAAAGAUAAUCUGGAUAAAAUAUAUCGGGAAAUUAAAAUAAUGAAGAAAUUGAAUCAUCCUAAUAUUGUUAAACUGUAUCAGGUCAUGGAAUCAGAGAAGAUGCUUUACCUUGUAACUGAGUACGCAAGUAAUGGAGAGAUAUUCGAUCACUUGGUUGCACAUGGUAGAAUGACAGAAGAGGAAGCUCGAGGAAAAUUCAAACAAAUUGUCGCUGCAGUUUAUUACUGUCAUACACGUCAUGUGGUUCACAGAGAUCUGAAAGCUGAAAAUUUGCUUCUGGAUGCUGGAAAAAAUAUUAAGAUUGCUGAUUUUGGUUUUGCAAACUAUUACACGAAAGAAGAACUUUUAACAACAUGGUGUGGAAGUCCUCCUUAUGCUGCUCCUGAAUUAUUUGAAGGAAAAGAAUAUGUUGGACCAAAAGUAGAUGUCUGGAGUUUGGGAGUUGUGCUGUAUGUUCUUGUAUGUGGAUCAUUGCCAUUUGAUGACAAUACAUUACAAGCAUUACGGUCUCGAGUCAUCAAUGGAAAGUUUCGGAUUCCUUUCUUCAUGUCUCAAGAAUGUGAACAGUUGAUUCGUGGAAUGCUUCUUGUUAAUCCCAGCAGAAGAUUCUCUCUUCAGCAGGUGUGCGAUCAUGCAUGGAUCAAGAAAGCAGGAAGAGAUGAAACUUUUGAAAAUCUAAUCAAUGAAUGCAAGAAUACAGAGGAAAUGAACAAGCGAGAACCAUUGAAUGAAAUGAUUUUAAAUGAAAUGGGUGAAGCUGGCGUUGAUAAGGAACGAGUUAAAAAUUCUAUUUUGAAUGAAGAGUUCGAUAAUCAUGCAGCGAUAUAUUAUCUAUUGUUGGAUAAAUGGAGAAAACAUAGACUGGCAAGACAAGCUCAAUCACAGAUCAACUUGCCUCAUGGUACAACUCACAUGACAUCGGGCAUCUCAUCACCUCACCCUGGAAUUGUGAUGGGUACCAUACCCACUCUUACCAUGAGGGUACCAAACUCUGGUGGACUGGUACUCGGUGCUCCUAAUCUCCCCAUUGUGAAUCAAGGAAACAUAAUUCCUUCAACAGCUUUACACGCAACAGCUACCGUUCCUCCAUCAUCAAGUGGGAUCAGUACUCCAUUGCCUCCUUCUGUUAUAUUACCUUCUGGAUUGCAUGUUCCACAUCUACAACUUAUAAAUGAAAAUAAUCAAGUCAUUCAGGAGGAAAUGUCUGAUGACUCUGAUACUGAUGAACCAUCACCAGAAGCAUUGCAAAGAUAUUUAACAAUGAGAAGGCAUACUGUUGGAAUGCCUGAUCCAAGGUAUGGACCACAUUAUAGAACUGAGAUUCCAGAUGAUCUGCGAGCAAGACUGGAACAAAGACAACGACAUAAUGCUAAUCAAAUGGAAGCCAAUAUGGAAACAGCACAACGUUCUUCACCAGAAGACGGGGCUCCAAAUGUUGGGUUAUCACCCCAACCAACACCUUUCUUUGUACCAAAUCUAAACUUGCAGCAAUCAGCUAAUGAUAACAUGCCGUUUAUGAGAAUGCCAAUGACCUUACAGUAUAAGGAGCAGAAUCUAUUGAAGCCGCCAGCUUUCCAGAUGAUUUCACAAAAUCCAAUGGGCAGAAGAGCAUCAGAUGGUGGAGCUAAUAUACAAUUGUUCGCACAGCAAUUGCAACAACGUAGAAUGAUGCAAGGGCAAAGUCAGCUUGCAUGUGCUGGUACAACGGCAGACAAGUUGCAACAGAUGAGUCAUCAAAAUUCAUUAAACGAUGACUCAGGGGUUUCUUCACAGUAUGGAAGUACAUCAGUAGACACAGCAGAUUAUGAUGAAUCAGAUGAAGAACCAGAUCCACUUGCAGUGCAAAGGUAUCUUGAAAAUAGAGGUGGCAUGAAGAGGCACACGCUACCUGUAACAAUACCUGCAGAUGGCGAGGGGGGUAGUUUGUUACCGCCACCUCGGGGAGGAGGGCAGCAGAUGUUUAAUGUCUCAGCAACAAAUGCACACAGUAGAAUGCAACCCAUGCGAGGAGGAAGAAGACCAUCAUUGCUACUUCCACCAGACAGUGAGACAUCGAGUGUCCAACCAUACAGACGACGUGCAUCAGAUGGUGCAGCUAGUUUGAAAACUUUUCGUCAGCAAUUAGAGAUGGGAAAACAAUUGCAAUUUGACAGCAUGCAACAAUUACACGAGGAACAUUUACAACUGCAACAAAGGUAUUUACCAGUCAUACCACAAGGUAGAGGAACUAGUGUUCAAGAUAAAACAGGACCUGUCAGGGAUAGACAUGCUAUCAGACAGCGACUCCAACAACACAGUUUGUCACCUCAAGCUUCUCCACCUCUUCCAUCCAGUCCUGUUGCAAGACAAAAUCCUGAAGUGCAACACCAGACCUUACUAAAUCAUUUACAAAGGCUUCAGAUUCAGCAGCAACAAAGUGGAAAUUCUCCUCCUCUAGUAGUUCGCAACCGCAAUAGUCCUUUGGUUCAGGGUACGAAUGGAAACCAAUCCACCACACACAAUGCUUUACCACAGAUGCAAUCUACAGGAGGAAGACCCGUCUACAGCCCACCCACACAAUACUUAAAACAGCGACACCAGCCAUUAUUUCGUCAGUCAAGUGAACACAACACAGUCACAACAAAGACAAGUUUUUGAGUCGAAUCAAAAUGAGUUUGUAAGUCCAGUUGAAAACUCGCACACUCCACCACCAGAAGACCAGUUUGUUUUCAACAACCAUCAUCCUCGGUUAUCUAACGGAAGUCCUUCACCAAUUGUACAUGGCAUGGUAU